AUGGAGGAAUUGGCUGACAUGCUAAGCGGACUGAUGGCGGCGUGAGUAAGCUGUCGGCGAUCGCAGAAGCAGACUCCAACUGAUUUAUUUAUUCAUAUGUUCUUCGGGGUCUGGAACUCUCGUGAUUAUUCUUGCUGUAACGGUGCCCAUGAAAAACGACCAGUAAAACCAUUUAGCUAUUAGUGUGGAAGUAGUCGCAGCGUUCAAUCGGUCUGCUGAGAGCGAAGAUGAGUGAGUCGCUUCCUAUAUGAUUUAUGUGCGGGGGAGGGACUAUUAUGCCUCAUAAGGGUCCAGAUUUCCGGACCACAGAAUCGGGUUUCGGGCGGCAGACAACGAUAAUCAUGGGAUAAACCCUGUGCCCCAACAUGCUAAAUUGACGGAGACAUUACGGAUACGUGGGUAUGAAACACAAGAAAAUUGUUAUCGCAACUAUCUGGCGGUAAGACAAGUGUACCUUAGCUCCCGACUGACCACUCUCAAAUUCUUGGAUAAGGCUUUUUGAAGCGAUAGUGUUUAGUAAUGAAUUGGUUGAUCAGAUUUACGAUUGAGACGUAGUUUUCCCUUAAAUACUGCAAUGCUAAAGGAUGGUUUACUGUCGACUGGCAGUAUACCUGGUCCAUAUUAAAUAGGUCUUUUUGAAGAGGUGGCCAAGGCUAGGGUCAAGGCGCACAGCUCGAUUUUCAAUGGUGGGGAAAUUAGCUACUAAGUCGAUAUUCCUUGACAAUUAGUAUAUAUUUUUGGACACCAUUUAAAGUGCAUUUGUCUAUCGUCACACAUAUCGUAUGUGGUGCAACUCGUGAAAUUUCGUGACGGAAAUUUGAGUGGGCAGUAUGUCGUACACGUGGUGUUGUUAUUUUUGUUUGUAUGAUUGAUUGGGGCCGGGUAUGCCUUGUUCUAGAGAAAAAUUUAUCGCAAAAAUGUUUAACAAAAGGAAAACAAAAUAAUUUUAGGUAAAACCGGACUCCCCUGAUAUCUAAGUAAUUUCAUUUGCUUUUAAAUAUCCCGGACAAGGAUAUUUUGUUAAUACUAUAAACGGAGAUUAAUAUAGAGACGAAAAGUGUCAACCAAGUCCGUUAUGGAAUUAACAAUUUUGAUUUCGCGUCGAUGGAAAUCAGAUAAGGUCAGGUCUGAGAUGUCUGAUUAUUUUUAGGAGGCAAGGGGAGUAUUCAGCCUUCAAAUUAUGUUGUGAACAUCUAGGGAUUUUUUGCCGUAAAAGGCGGUGCUGAACUUGCUUGACAGUACUUUCUUUUGCCACUCUGAGAAUUUGAGAGCGUAAAUAAAUAUAUAAUAAAUAUAUGCGGCAUGCUGCCAGUUUUCCGCGUCGCGCUGUGUGAUAUGGACCUUGAGACAAUUUCCACUUACAACUGACUACGAACGGGCACAGAAAUUAGCAAGUGAAAGAAUGCAACAUGAGUCAUUAAGCUAUAUUUUUAAAAGCAGUAUUGCCACUUUUUGGCAAAUUGUUAAUGCUAAAACUGUCCACUAAAAUAAGAAGACCGGCAAAAACGAUCCACAAGCAGGCAAAACGACGAUUUUAUUCGUCGUACACUAAAAAGGAAAAGUAUGGAGGAAUUUGAACUUAAACUGCAAAAGGUCAUAGUCAGGCCGUUUUAAGUAGGUCAAGGCUCACAUAAAGCAAUCUAUUUACUGAGAAAUAUGUUCACCACAGACCCUUGUGUUGGGAGAGCAUGUGUUUCUGCAAUAAGGUUUUUUUUAUAUAAGCCCACUAAGGCGACCUAUAUUGUUAUAUAUGACAAGGACAUCCCGAAAGCACAAUGAGCCGACUAAAGUCUUCAAGAACUGUCGACAUCCGGGGUUUGGAUGACCAUCAAACUCGGGGGCAGUCAUUCUGGUUGCCGAUAACGGUCACCACCUACAACGAGGUGUUUAUAGACAUUGUAAUGGAUUUCUUCGGAUACAAAGGUAUUCUAUAACGCGGAAAGGAUAUCAUAAAUUUACAUGAUAAUGUCUGAUUAUCGCCUAAAAGGGGCAAAAAUCAAAUAACGCUUGCAAACUCUGAUAAUUUAGACGGAAAUUCAUAAAUUCUGAAAAUUUAUUCUUUGUUUAAGCUGACCACCAUUCGUUUUCUGCAUUCACAAUAACUUCCACAGACUUUAGAUAUCGACUCCACCGAGUCCUUCCUCCGUAGUGAUGGAGUCCAUGGUCCUUAAUGCUUUGCCUGGUCUCAUUUCGACGGGAACGUCGCUGACUCUGCAGUUCGCCACCCAUCCUGUUAUUUCCUCAGCUGACGACGUGCGUUUGUUAAUCUAUACACCCUUGCCUUCUAUGAAGUUCAGAUCGCACAAUAGAUGAUGGAGAAUGCACAAUUCUGUUAUCCUUGUGUCCUUGUCCUUAUGAGCUGCCGAUCUAUUACGGGCGGAAGUUUUUUCUCCUGAAUAACACCGGUUAUCCAAAACCCAUAUAAGUCAGCGCUGCCAAAUCAAGAAUUUUUUACUUUUUGUUCAAGCCGCGAAAUCUAUUUACCUUGUUAUUGCCUGUAAACUGGAAUUCAGUGUGAUCAUUUUUCUAACCCUGAGUGCUUCCGACGAAUUUAGACGGCGGAUUAACAGAAGAGGGUUGAAGGAGAGACCAGAUCUCUACUCCCAUCGUUCAAGGACACAAGUAUUUACUUCGCUUGGCAACCCGGGUGGUCCGCUAACGGGAGUUUUUCACCAACCAUGCAGAUAUUCAAACGUGGAAUCGCAGAACAAGCUUGAUGUGUUAAUGACAAACUCCUUAAAACCUUCCGCUCAUUGUUUGCGAGUGAUAAGAAGUGAAGUGGCAGUGCUUCACGCCACUAGGAGUGCCUGUAUCAGUUUUGAUAAAAUAUUUUUUUCCAGGAUUUUCGACUGAUUUUUCAGCCCGAAUUCGGAACAUGUUCUACAGUCCUGGAGACCGUGGCAAUCCAUGAUGAAAAUAGUCCUAAAAGUGUUUAACGGUCAUAAUUCCUUGCUUAUGCGACCUGCCAUUCCUUUGAACCAUAGGCAAAUUUGCGGAGUUCUUUAGCACGCAAUCCGCAUUAUGAACAAGCUCGAAUAUGGCCUGGUCUUCUAAAAUUCACUGCAACAGCUCUUCACCGAGUUAAUUCAAUUAAAUGGUAGGUUAAGCAGUCAAGGCUGUGUGUGUAUGUGCAGAAACACUUCAUCUCUGUCAAGGCGACCAAAAAUGGGAGCUGUCACUGCAGACGUUGUGAUGUCAAGACUCACUGUCAUAGAGGGUGGAGUCCCACAAGCCCUAGUGCUCGGACUGACCAUCUCGCUCCUGUCCAUUGGUGACAAAACAACCAUCCCAUUACGAGCAAUCUCACCGAAAGCGAAACGAGGUAAGGUCGGCUAUUCGCAGGUCGCGGAAUGCGUAUGAAACGCGAGUUAUGGGAUGCGCUUUCGAUAAACUAAAAGUGCUCUUCAGUUACAUUAACAACAAAUUAAAGAACAAGGAGACGGUCUUAGUGUUGUAAGGAAAAAACAUUGAGGAUAUCACCGAAAAUGACGUUAAGACAGAACAUCUUAGCUGAUUUUUCGUAUAUGUUUUCGUCGAUUAAACGGUUUUUGACGAGGCUUGAUUGCCUACUGGAACAAACGACGAAAUAAUAGAAACCAUCGACUUCACGGAAGCAGAUGUGAGGAAGGGACUUCUAGCGCUUAAGGAGGUUAAGUAUCCGCGAAUGACUGAGCGAGAUCGUUCCAUUUCGCCACUACUCUCCGUGAAAAAUUCAGAAUGAAGAUUUAGCCUGGAUAUUUCUGUCCGUAGCUUCAUUGAAUGACCACGAAAAAUGGUUGAAAGGUGUCACUGAAACAUGUACUCAAUGUUAAGUCCGUACUCAAGACCAUGUAUUGUCUUGUAAACCGGAAUAUGAUCACCUCUUUGCUGCAUGUAACACAGAGGGAAAAAAUUAAGGCGAGCUCGUCUUUCUAUGUGGGACUGGCAUUUUAAACCGUUCACCAGUACUGUUGCAUGACGUUGUAAUCUUUCAAGGCACGUUUGGGUUAUUACUAGCCAUGGCCGCCACGCUUUUAUACCAUAUUUUAAAUGGGGCCGAACAAAGGUGCCUUAAAUUCUUCCAAAAAGGUCUUUAUCAAAGGUUGCGGACGCCCUUUUGACUGCAUGGAGCACUUCCAUGGAGUUUUUCGCAAUCUUGUCGCACUGCAGUAUUAGUUUCAUGUUGGUCUGUACCCAAACACCGAGGUCCUUGUGUAAAGAUUUUGCGGGGAGUGUUCUGGCUUUCAGGCGAUAUGUCCUCAGGCUCUCAGUUAAUGAGAGUUGGUUAAACGCAGAUGAAGGACGGCACACUUCAGCACAUUGAAAUUCAGAAGCCAUUUCUUCGACCACGCUUGCAGUCGGUGCAGAUUGUUUUCAAGGGCUCUCUGGUCAUUUGGACUCUUUGUGACUUGCCGGAGCUUAACGUCGUCUGAAAAUAUUAUUUUACCACAGUAGUGUUCCUGAAGGCUAUCAUUAGCAGGGGUCCCAGAACUGAGCCUUUAGGCACACCACUAGUCACGUUCACCCUGUCUGACAUAUCAUCUGCGAAACAGACACGUUGCUUCCGACCAAAAAGAAACGCCCUUAUCCAGUUCGGAAGAUCUCCCAGGAUGCCGAUGGCGUUCAAUUAAUGAAGAAAGCGUUGGUGCGGAACAGUGUCGAAUGCUUUGCGGAAAUCGAUGUACACGACAUCGAACUCAAAACCCUCUUCUAAAGAUCUGGUCCAGAUCUCCAGACAGAUAAGCAGAUUUGAGAGGCAGGAAUGUCAUCUCCGAAAGCCAUGUUGAAAAUCCUGCAAGGUGCUUUUUUCUUCACAAAAUUCUCUAUUAGGGCUUCCGUUGUCUUGCAUAAGAGGCAAGUUAAGCUAAUAGACCUGAAGCCGCUUGUUGCCAUCCUGCUACCUCCCGUAUGCAAGGGAACGAGGUUAGCUGUCUUCCAACGUGAGGGCAGCCUUCCUGUUCGCAUUGACAGCUCAAAGAGAGUCGAAAGAGGCUUCGACAGCUCCGUUGAUAGCUCCUUAAGUAUUAGUCCGGGAAUUCCGUCGGGUCCAGGAGACUUUUCAGGUUAUAUUUGACUGAGGACACAUGUUACUUCUUCGACGGAGAGGGCACCGGUUUCAAUGACGGCACUAUCUUGGCGCAUGUCCCCUCUGUAUUGCCAGUAAGAGAGAGGAAAUAUUUUGAGCCUUUCCAGUCGUUCCUCAUAACGAAGGCUCUUUAGCCACCGACUAGUCAAUCGUUCUUCAUUGUACCUUCUCCAAGAGACUUGAUACUGUGUUUCCGUAUCGUGCGUGGCUUGGACUACGUCCUCCGGUGUGACGACUUCUUCCAAGUCGUCACUAUAAGUAACCUCUGGUGACAUCCUUUCAAACUACGUGUGCCUCAAGGAAUAUUGGAUUUGAUGAACUAUCUUUUCUGCAACGGUGUCUUGGAAGGACCUAACUGAAGCGAAGGUAAUGUCUCAAUUUAUGGAGACAUUUCGAAAUCGGCUUGACAGACAUAUGCUGCAACAACAAGCGGACUAUGUGACCGUAACUAUAAAAACCAGGGACCAUUAUGAAUCGAGGUCGUUAUUUACUUAAUACUAAACUUUAUUUACAUUAUUGCCACUUUUGUGAUUUUUAUGUGACGAAUAGGGAGUUCGCAGGCGUAAGCCUGUGCCCCUCAAAUAUGCUAAACAAUGAACUGAAAACUGAACAUCGAUGGAACGCUUUUAAGGGACCCUUCAGAUAUUCAUGCUCGAAUAUGUGCUAGGACAACGAGAACUCAAUUUCAUCCUUGUCGCUCAUCUCCAAAUUGUAAUAUAUUUUUGAUCCUUUUUGAGUUUUGCUAACACAUGGUGUCUCUGUACACUGCUUCCAAAUUUACGCUGAAAGUAUGGCACUCAAAGGUACACACUUAUUUCUCUUCCCCUAUACUCUAAUGAACUGAAUUGAUUCUGAGCUCUUUGUUUGAAUUUGUAGAGGUUCGCGUGUUAAGUAUUGCAAAUGGUACUGAUAUUUAAUGCCCCAUUACUCGUAAUGUCAAAAUGAAAGUGCAGAAGUGAAAAGCUGCGAAAUGACUGCGUGGUCUUAAUUCGAUUUUGCAUAGUAAAAUGUCGACUAUUGGAAUUAUGAAAGGGAAUAACAUCAUCACAGCAGAAGAACGCAACCCAACAGAGAUAUCGAUUAAUGCUUCAGUUCUAAAAGGUACCCUGUUCUGUAUCCUUUUAAAUGUAAAUUAGCAGCCAUGCAACCCUGAUGCUGCAGACAGGCCAGAAAGUAUAUUUCGUUGACUCACAUUUCGUGUGAGGAAGAUUUCAAGAAGCAAUUAUGAGUUGGUCAAUAUCGGGCCAUAAAAUCAUCACUGACCAGUCACUCGUUGCACCUAUCUAUACUUUGACGAUAGAGACUAAAAAACACUGCCAAUAGCCCCUUGUUGGCAUUCAAUGGUAAUGCUGCUGUUUAGCAGAUCGGUGGGUAUUCGGAGUGAAUGCGUUAGAACUUCAGUUCUCACCGCUAGACUAACUUGUGCUGGUUUUGAUUAAACUCAUCUAAUGGCAACUGGUUGGCCCUAUGCCCUGCAGUCAUCAUAGGAUUACUAAUCUGUUUGAUUAAAAUUCUACCCUCAACCAUACAGGAAAUUGCCCUUCACAAGGCUAGCUUGUUUGCUCCAAUUUGUCCAAAAAUAUUGCUGAUCAGAAAUGAUUCAUGGUUCCUAAAAAAGUAAAUUACGCUCACCAAAAUCUUCGCUCUUCGUAUCACACGGCUCCCUGUUCGGUCAACUUAAUUUGUUGGCAGACAAUUAUUUGCAUCAAUUAACAUUUCUCGCGAUACAAUGUUAUGAAGUAAGGAAAAAGGAAAGAUUCACGGAUGAGUCUUUUCUCUUUCCGAAGUUGUGCGCCUCUAGAACCAGAAGAUUUUUUGACUCUAUGUACUUUGAUAAUAAGCUUCCUCAUCCAAACCCAGGAAUGCUGGUGUCGGAAGUUUUACUACACAUAACAGGCGGCUGAACUUGCAGUUUUAUACUGGCCAAUCAAAAUUCAGAAUAUUAUAUAGGUUCGCAGGAAUACGAAGGUAAUUUAAAUUACCUCCUCAAGAAUCUAAUGAAAGUCUUCUGAUUGGUACAGUAAAACAUGCGAAGGUAAAAAACAAAUGUGGUUUACUUUCAAAAAGUGUGCGCAUUGCCUUACUGAAGUUUGUUUUUAUUAGUGCAUUUAACUUAAAGUAGUAGACAUUUUCAACAUUAAAGACAUCAAAUGAAGGACUUUUGUUGAGUAUUUAUCCAUUGUGAUUUAGCUACUGUGCACUAGCUUUCCGAGCCAAAUAUAAUUUCAUGUACCAUCGUUUUGCUUCAGAAAUCGUAAGUGUUUGUCUCUCUGACUAAAAAUCCCUCAUCUAUUCUUCGCAAUUAUUCGGAUCUUUGCAGGAAAGUGCAGACCAGAUGCACGUUUAGUCUGAAAAGUUGAAACCAACUCUUUCCACAGCUUUACUUGCUUUUUAGAAAUCAACAUGCACUUAUGUCGAUGAUGUGAACUCCUAUUAGGUUGCGAGAUCCAUCAUCUGACCCAACUCUCCAAAAUUUCCCAGAAUUAUUUGAGUACAGAACUCAUUAAAUCCCUUUCCACACACUGGGCCUUAAAACCUUAUCCCAAUUCUUGGAUAGUAAUAUUGCUAGCUACUAGAAUAUUGAUAUUUAACUUCUUUUUCUGUCCGUGGCUUUUUAAUACAACUUAUACGUUAUCUCGUACAAGUGCGGACCGUUGAAAACUUAUUGAUAUGGAUUACCCAUAUAGGUACAUUGUAUACCCUUCAUAUUUGGUUUGAAUUAAGUUGGAUAUUCAAAAGGUAAACAAGUUUGUCUACUAUUUCCAACUCUGAUACCCUGCCCUUGACCAACCUGAGCCAUAUUUUCAACAAUAGUUUCAUCGAAUAGGAAUUACGUUAUCCGAUUUGGGUAGCCGAAGUAGGCUGGUUAAGAUAUCUAAUGCGUUUUCGUAAAUAUUUAGAAUGAGUGAUAAAAACUGGAUUAAGGAUAGCGUGACAAAUGUUUUGUAUGAAUAUAUUUAUCAAACGGGAAAAGAAAUUGGCAGACGGCCGUUCCAGCCCGUGUAAGUGCUACGUUUCUAUACGAGGGACGUAAUAGUUGUAAUAAUAAUUUUACAAACGUUAUGUUUUCGGAAAGCAAAAAAUUGUAAACAAACAAUCAUUCUGAUUAAGUUUGCCUUUCUUUAAUGUUCUUCGGCAAUGCCAUAACUACCUAUUUCGGUUAAGUUCAGACUAUUUGGCAGAAACCUGCAAACACUAAACUUAAAUUGAUAUUACCCACUUUGACGUCACGGCACCCGAAAGUUGACAUUUUUCCUGCAAAAAGGACAGUCUGGAAAGGAUUUUUUAUGAUAGCAUAAUCGAGAGCUCAUUUUCUAUUAAUAUUAAUUAAUACAAUUAUAGUAGUGGCACUGUGUAAGUAUAUUACCACCUACAGUUGUCAUUUCCUAUUUAAAUUUAAAGAAAAUAUAUCAUAUAUAAUGUUUUAAUAUUGAACUUUGUAAAACGUCAUUCUAUAGGCAUAUAUAUCCUUCAAAUUUGUAGUUUUUUUUUAAGAAAAACUACGUUGGAAUCGACAAUCAUCUCGAGAAAUAAUUAUUUCUGAGCCAAACAGAACACUUAAGUGUUCUGUUUGGCGGAAAACUGCUCAGAUGUAUUUUUUCCAAUAAAAUGCGAUAGAUUUCAAAGAAGCGUUGUUUAUAUUUCCGAAUUUUUAGUAGCAAACUUUGUUCUGUCGUAGGUUUGAGUGUUUCAUAAUGCUUUAUACGUUUUAUAACUACCUGGGCAUAAGUGUCUUUAGCUGUGCAGAUUGCAAGCACAUUUCGGUCAGCGGAGCAAAUAUUGGGGUUCGGUUCACCUAGUUAGGCCGUGCACACGGGAUCUUGGAUAUCAAAGUUGUCAUAAUUGAUAGCAGUGUACAGGUUAUCUCAUUUGUCGACUAUUCGACGCUCGAUCGUCGAAUGAACAGGUCUGUUCAUUAGCCGAUAUGGACUUGUCGGUGAGGCUACUUCAAAUAAAUUCUAAAAAUUUUGGUUGAUAAUGCCAGAAGGAAAUUAUAACAUACGGUUUCUUUUAUCAAACGAAUUAUUUCACUGUCACCUCGAAAUUCAAAUUUUUGAAGAAUGUCUGAAUAUUUCGAACGAACUUUAUUUUUAAAUGUUUUCCAAACUAGAACAAACGACUGUAAGCAUUUCUGAAUUAGAGGUGGCCUAAAACUGAGACAGUUACAUGCCUACUGAAUGCACCGAAGACGUUAAAUUAAGAGUGCAAUACAAGAUACGGGAACUCUCUCAAUGUUGUCAUGCUGUUUUUGUCGUACUAAGAUUAUAUGACUAUGUUAAUGCGCACAAAAAUGCCAAAUGCACUCACUUUGGCUCUCGUGCUUUAAGACAUGUAGACUUUACAUAUUAGCUUUUGUUCUAAAAUCCUUUGCGAGGAUGGCUUAAAGGCUGCCGGUGUUUAUAUCAUUAUAUUCGCUAGUUGUGAGCGCCAAUUCUGUUAAACGGUAAAAUGAUAUUUCUCCUAAAACGUCAAGUAUGCUAGUCACAACAACUUUUUUGCAGUCAUUUAACUGAAUUUACGUUAUUUUAUUCUUGCCCCUAUAGUGGGUCCGCCUCCUUUACAUUCUUCUGCACAGACAAAAAAACUGGUAAGGAAUGGGUACUCAAAACUUUGCAAAAGAGGGUACGCAGUACAUUAUUUCUGUUUCUGACAUAUUGCUUACUUCUAGGUGAAGAAAUCCAUAACUCAAUGCGAGCUAGGCAAUUUGCUGCGCUUAAAUCACCCAAAUAUUGUAUGAGUUCCGGUAGUUUCAUUGACUUUUUUUGACAAUUAGGCACGAUUGAAGGAAGUCUUUGAAUCGGCCGCAUUCAUCCAGAUCAUUUCGGAGGCCGUUUAUGGGACCCCUCUUUUUGAAGCGUUUGUUUGGUGUCAACGUUUUCAUGCUAUCUAUUUUUUGGACAUUUUUGCAUACCGCACACUAGUCAUAUUCACAGGCACUAUGUCUGUUGACCACAGUAUUCCAUACAUUAUAUGCAAGGAAGCAUUUUAGCACAUAACCGUUGAAAACUAUUAUUGAUUAUACGAUCUUAAGACCUGUUCACAUCCCAAAAUUAUUUUGAUUUGUCUGGAAUGAAGAAAUAAAAAUAAAAGACACAGGCUUUUAGAAGAUAAACGAAUUGUACGUUUCUUGGGGCUUUUGUAUAUCCCUGUUGUGGUGAUUCUGAAGAACUCAGCUUGUGUAGGAAAAGAGUUUCGAAAAUGUAUUCGAUAUAUCUCGCUUUGACAAAUGACAUCGGCAGAACGGUUGUGAUUCGCUAAUUUAAAUUCAUAAAAGUACUUAAGGUGAAAAUACAAGGAAUGUAAAACAGUCUAUGUUAAAAGAUGAGGAAAAAUCAGUGUGGUUAAGGCAAGCCUUUUUAGACCCUUUUGGACAGCCAUUUUGAAAAAUUUGUUAGGAUGAACAUAAAUUAAUCAAGAUCAUAUAUUAUUAAUGCAGACUGAGGUCACUCAAUUUAUACAUCUAAUCAUAAACGGAUUUCAUCAUUGAGACUGUGCAACCCACCUAAAAAUAUGGACAUGUCCAUACAGGUUGCAGUUCCCUUAUUAAAGUAUUGUUAUAUUCCUAUUUUGGUCUACUUACCGCAUUACAAUAAUACUCGGCUAUAUAACCUUCAAAAUAUUUUUUCUGACGCUAACAUUCACAGACAUCCCCUGUGUUUUACACCGUAGACUAGCUGACAUGCCAAAGUACAGUGAACAGGAACUGGCAUUUUGCAUGCGUGAGAUUCUCAAGGGGUUGAGUUAUCUGCACGAAAAUGGACUUGUUCACAGAAGUCUCAAGGUGCGCUUAAUGCGGUUUUUAUUAGUUCUUCCUAGGGCUUUUUGACAACAUUUUUGUUUGGGAUUUAAAACAUAUUUUCGUUAGAAAGAAGACCUAAUUUUCGACAAAGGGCAGAUAAAUUUAUCGUUUUUCAUUUUAGAAGGUUUUUAUUACCUUCGGAUCAGACAGAGUGGCCUUUUACGUUCUGAUGGUCUUUUACAGGCUUAAUUUUCGUUCAUCAACUGCAGUAAUAUUGAGACUAAACAAACGACCUGAAUAGUCGUUGCUCUUUAAUAUUCCAUCUGAUGCCCUUACUUUUCUGACAUCUGCUUUGCAUUUUGUCUUUUCGCAUCGACUUUUGUACCGAAUGUUGCUUUGCAGAAGUUACAGCUCUGCUUUUUAUUCCUCAAAAUUCGUUUCAUAUCACAAAUUUUCUUUAAAAAACAUCGGUCAUAAUCAAAUGAGAAAACUUAAUUACCAAAAUCUUUCUACAAACAGAAUUUAUUUUAGUGAAGUUCGUUUGGUAAGUGACAUAAAAAUCGCUUUUUUAAGUGUAAAAACAGGCUUCAUCAUCCUUUUAUGACCGUUUCGCGAGAACUUCGAUAUUUCCUAAAGUGACUUCACUCAAACUGGGCAUUUACUUAGAAUCAGUGAAUGUGGUCGGCAAAAAAUUGUUUAAAUUCGGUCUUUGUUAGCAAACCUCUUGGGUUGCGGGCAGUUGAAAAGGCUGUUUUAACAGCUUAAGUCAUGUGCCGAGCCAAACGUCUGGGACUAUCGGACAGACCUUCAAUUAAUCUAAGGAUAUAGUCGAAAUCUAAUAAAAAGCAAUGUUUUGUUCGGAAGCUCUGAGGAGUAUUUUGGGCGUGAAGUAUGCAUGCAUUUUUUGCAAAUCAAAGUUAAAUUUAAUCAUUAUAUAGGCUUUUAAUUGCUCGAUCUUCUACACAUAUCUUAUUUUACAACUAGAAUGAUGAAGGUUAUAAAUUAUUCUAAUUUUGAGACUCGAGUCUUCGUUUUACAAGCGCAAACUCUUUUCAGAAUAUUUCCCUUAAAGGCCUUUUAAAGACCCUGGUCCACUGCGUCUACGUUUUUUCGAGUAUUGUCUUUAGUCUGCUGCUUAGUCGCAGAUUUGUUGACAUAACUCUGAUACUGCAGAUAGUGGAAGUGAAAACUGAUUCAGAUCUGAAUUCGCGCAGUUAAUGGCUCUUUAAAAGUCCUCUGAAGUGGCCACAUUGUGGCACUGAUCGUAUGGGCAAUUACGUUGUCUUGAUGUCACCGGUUGAGGUAAGUUCUCAAACGCAAAGCCUUUAAACGUUCUCCGAAUUGCUCGAUAUCACUGUAGCUGUGUUGCAAUCCUUCUUCUGGAGAAACAGGGCGUCCGGAUACCUGUUUGGCCGUUGCAUCGCGCCAGGCUGUGCUCUUAGGGAAGUGCAACUUAUGUUGGAAAAUUCCCCUUACAUUCUCUAUGCUCGUGAUCCUAAUAAUUUGCUUACCUCCAGAGUCGUUCAAACUAAAACGCGCUAUGUCUUUUACAGAAUUAAAAUAACACAUGUAUACUCACCGUUUUAGAGUCCUGGAGAUAGGAUUCCAGAAAUAUUGUUAGAUUGAUUUUGUUCUGUUCUCCGUCAUGAAUUUUUGUUGAGAUAAAUUUCUAAGGAACACCUUCAAAAAAUCAUAAAGUCGGUAACGAGAGGUUAUAAAUUUUUAAGUAACAAUGCUCUCGAAUUUGUUUUAUACCUUCUCACUAUAAUUUAUUAUAACUCAGCCAUUAACUUUAGUAUGCUUAUGAUGAAUAAGAAUAUUUGCAAUUCAGCUAUUUUGCCAGGAAGUUCUUUAGCAGUCAAGCCACCAGAAGCUUGCGAAGGAAUAGAAGGACAGUCCAGAUUUAAUCAAGGAUUAAAUUUUAAUUGUAGCCACGAAAUUUGAUGUACUGCGACACGCAGGACGGACCGCUCGUGAAAAUACGUAAGUUGCGGUUGAUCCUGCUAUAUACAAACAACCCCGCAAUUUCCCAUCUUAUCCGUCCUUUUAAACGAAAGAGCCAUCUUCGCCUACCAAAAGUUGUUUUUGUAACUAUAUCUCCGAGAUAAACUGAAACCUCUUACCAUUUCCUAUAAAACGCAUUAUAUUUGCUACUCAGCUUUAAUAAGUAGCAUUAUAUAAUAGUAUUUUAAUGGUCAGUCCAAUGCCCUUUGAAGCCUUCUGCGGCUUGUCUCGUGCCAGCCUAACUCAUGACGGCAAACAGCCCACUAAAUUAAGAGAAUUAUGUUACAAAUACAUCUGGUAAACUAAAAAAUUCUUCACUUUCCACGUUCCGAAGUCGAUGUAUCUUUCACAACGAUCCUCGGAAGAGACACAGAGCUGGAAAUGGUAUGCGGCGAUCCGACCUUUUGUGCUCCCGAAAUUCUGCUCAGUCAUGAGUAUGGAACAAGCGUUGAUAUGUGGGCACUGGGCGUUCUAUUAUUCAUCAUGUAAGUUCCUUUCAUUCUAACCAUUUGCCACAGUCCCCAUAAACACGUAGUCACCCUAGUAAACAGACGAUGCGGCAUCUAAUCGAACCUUAACUUCCAUAAUGUGACUGGUGUGUCCGAGAGUAAAGUUUUGACUUCAGGCGCUCAUCUUUAGUCGGGAACAAAAAUGACUGGUAAAAAAACAGUUGUGUAGAUUAAUUUUAAUUAAAUUGAAUAAAUUAACUCAGGGAAAUUUCACUUUCAAGAUAUAUCAAUGCCUUAUUUCUACGUUUGUUUGAGGUACUUCGACACCAGACUAAUGCUGAAGAAGAAAUAACUCCAUACUACAUCAUUAACUUUAAGCCAUACAAAGAGCUCCAGUGGAGGAAGAUGAGGCUUGACAAGACUGCAGCCAUGCAUAUAUCGAUGGCAUGCCACCAAUCAGACGUCCAAUAAACGCUUUUUGAGAAAGUUCCUCUUUUUAAGGAAGUGCUCUGUUGAUUGAGACUUGACCUUGUUCGAGGUGGUUAGGGUGGUCACCUUAGUUCAACCGCUACUAGCUCUUGGGCUGUCCUGCCGGCGGCCCGUGCAAUACAGUUCCGACCAAAACUUAAUACAGGCGAUGCGUGACUAAACAAGGGGAAUUCCCCAGUGUUAAUCAUUCAAGACCCAGUAGGUGAGACAACGGAGCGGAUGUGCAGUGUUAUCGACCAGCUCUUGAUGUUGUACUUACCAGCGACGGCAUUCAAUUUAAUGUUACGGAAACUGCCUACUCAUGAUGCAUUAGUACGCGUUAUUUAAACGUUUAAUUCCUCAGGGUCUGCGGUAGUGAACCCUUCCAGAGAGCAGAAGAGGGUGAUACCUUCCGUUCAAUCCUGCAAGCUGCUUUCGAAUUAGACAUGCCUGAGUGGGAAACUGUGACCCUGCACGCCAAGGACGUUGUCAAACGGUUGCUCGUUGCGGAUCCCCUGAUCCGCAUGACUGCGGCUCAGACCCUCAAACACGACUGGAUCAUCGGCACUGCCACACCGGACCUUCAUCUGCCGGCCUCACAGUACGACCUGAGAAAGUAUAACAAACGAAGCGCAAAGAAGGUUGGCUCCUUUCAUUCAUUUUAUGCCUUCCAAUUUCUCCCGUUCUAUGCAGACUACCCUGACGGCUUGCCAUUUGCCAUGAAAGACGACUUUUUCCCUCGACAUAGCGGUGGCAACAAACUUAAGAGCAACUGACCUGCCUUGGCACGUCAUCUUGUCAUUCUCUCACAUACAUGUCCGCUUGACAAGGGAGCAGACUUAGUGUGAAGCACAAAUACACCCGGUUUCCCGUCUGACAAGCAGAAAAAAACUAAAUGUGCUGCCAGCUGCUGCCCGAGACAGAUACCUCAGUGCCCUCGUAAACCUGACGUCAAGGUUUUAUGCAGUAACAGGUGAUAUGGGCUGCCGAAAGAGGAUCAUGGGCAUGCGGAAUGGUGGGAACACUCUCGGUAGGAACUGUUUUAGGGAGGCAAUGGGAUACCGAUAUCUGUUUCUAGUACUCGGAUUGUGUACGGUCAGUAGAUUAGGGAACUAUCGCCCUUGAAGUUGUGCUGAAGUUCACUCGCUCACCGAUCUCAUGAAGUAUUGACUAAGAUUCUGAAAUGCGUUUUUGACUAGGAAGGAUGGCGACGAUAUAGAGAAGGACCCCACUUAACUGUCAGUAGACCGUGGAUCGUACCAUACGUGAUUUAUGCAAAAGGGAGUUUUAUGGGUGGGGCAGCACGCUAGACAGUAAGCUGACAAAAUGGAGGAAAACACAGAAAUUUCCUGAAUUUAUGCCGAAAGUCUUAUCCUACGCUAUUGUACGACAACGGAAAUGAGAGUAGUAAUUAAACAAUGAACAAAAAGUAAAUUUCACAAAAUAACGGAUUUUGAGUUAAGGUGUGAGGUCGUGGGAAGUGAUCGUUGUUGGCAGUGUAAUUUCUGCAACAGCCUGCAAAUGUAUGCCAAGAUGAAACCCCAUAUGACACGAUUCACAGUCUACUGACAUUUAAAUGGGAUCCUUCUCUAUACCGUUGCCGGAAGGGUUACUUAGGUGGGGUUGUAAUCCUAUAAUAUUUCGGACUCCGCAGGAUGUCAGCCUUCGAAUGCAUUUCUUUUCAACCUCGUGUAAAAACCGUACUCGGUAAAAUAUGACUACUUAUGUGGCAUACAAUUUUCACAUUGAUUUUCGAUGGUCUUAUAAACUUAUAUAUAUUUUGCAAAAAACAAGAACAGAAAUAUGGUUUUUCCUUCGUUUGAUAAAGAAUCACGCCAUUUUCAUAUCUUGUACUCGAAGAAAAAGUUUAACUAGGUUUUAAAAAGUUUCUAAUUAUGAGAUUUUUUAAGACCGUGCAAUGUCCAUUCAUACAGCAUCGUACCUGUCCGUUUACCACUGCUCCUCAUAAAAUGUACAGCAUAGUCCGCAUCCAUUGCAAGAUUUUAUGGACAUAGAAGACUAUAUGAUUUUCCUUACACGGAACUUACGCACCUUGUGAACUGAAAUCACAAAAUGAUAAUGCAACGGUUCAUCGCGCUUCAGGUUAUUAGGGAAUUAGAAAACAUUCCAAAACCUAAUUACAUUCCUUCUUCGAGUAUAAACUAUGAAGUUGAUGUGAUACUCUAUCAAACGAGUAAAAAGCAUACUUUUGUUCAUGUUUUUAUAAAAUAUAUUUCAGUUUAUAGGACCAUCGAAAACCAGUGGGAAAAAUGCAUGUCACAUAAGUAGUCAUAUUUUACCGAGUACGGUUUUUACAUGAGGUUGCAAAGAAGUGUUUUCAAAAGCUGACAUCCUGCCGAGUCCGAAAUAUUAUAGGAUUAUGCCGCAAGAUAAUCAGAAUUACAACCCCACCUAAGUACUCCUUCCUAAUCGAAAGCGCAUUUCAGAAUUUCGGUCAAUAUUUCAUGAGAUCGGUCGCUCACUGUAGUUAAUUUUCAGUGUUCGGAGUUUGGCCAAAACGCUUCCUGCGGUUAGAGACGAUCGCACAUGAUUAUGGCCUAUCCUUCGAACGAUGAAACCACUUCUUUAGCCGAGUUGUCCGAUACCUGAAGCACCUUGGUAACUAACACUUACUUCAACGGACUUACGGCAACAGUAUGUGUCUAAAUGUGCUCCGUAAAAGCUAGCGGACAUGCAGGUACGUGUUUUUGAGAAUUACAAGUCGAGCUCGAGCGGAACCUCGACCGCACAUAAAGUAUCUUUCCAUCUGUUCGAAACUUGAAGUGACCAUUCGACGACGGGCAUUUUGACGGUAGAUCAUCACGAAUUCUCAAAUGACCAGAAAGUAUCGGCACGUCUAAACAAAGGAUUGUCUGCAGGCGUUAUUACCGCAUUUUAGGGCACGAAAUCACAGAGAUUUUUAAAUUAAUAAAACGUCUGGUCUUCCAGAAAUAACUUGGUUGUUCGCCACCUUCUCCACACUGCUUAUUGCGAACGAAAAAGAAUUUUGAAGUACGACAAGUUUUGUUCGAUGCAACUCGAAGUUAAAUUGUCCCCCCCCCCCCUCUGAAAGAAAAACAAGUUCAGAUGCACAAACUAAAUUUAGGAUGGCCAUUGACAUAGGAAAUUGUCGGAAUACCGGGUAACGUGGGUUUCUGCUCAAAUCUAUAAACAUUUCGACUGAUAUAAUUACUCAGACACAUACAAUGAGUAGGGGUUCGGCUCAUCAGUGGGUCCCCCAGCAUUCCCCAUCUGCUUUCUGGUAGAUACUCUAAUUCAGAAAUUGCCGCUUUCUAAUUUCCUCAGAAAUUAACUGCGAACUUGGAGUAGAUCAGUUUAUUUAAGGUCUAUAGGCACAGACCGAGAAUUUUAUGUAUGAAUAUCUGGGCCGAAGUCCAUCAGCCACAGCGGGUAACCGCGUAGUAUUCAAUAACUGCCGACAGGCAGUUGGUAGUAUACUUUAGGGUAAAGGGAUAUCAUGCUAACGGCACAGUUACUGGCCUUUUAAUAAGAAUUUUACUCGCUGUGCCUGGCGUAAAUCAGGAAAUAUCCGCAAACUCCCAAAGCACCUUUAAUCAAUUGAGAAUUGGUCCGAAUACAUCGGCCUUCAGUACUGAACAAAUAUUAUAUUGUUUAUAAAAAACAAUCUCAUUAAGAAAUGUAGCAAAACUGAAAACUUGAGUAUUUGUGCAAAAUAAGCAAACGUAGUUUUUUUUGAAGUUCAUAAAGCCUUUCCAAGCAAGCUGUUGAGUAAAUGGAACAGCUAAAUCAAAGCAACGUUUGCAAACAUUUCAGAUAAACUAUAAGCUGGUAGGGGUAGAAACUGCUUGAUCUUUGAUUCUGUUUAAAAAUAAUAGUUCGGGAAUGUCACAUAGUCAUAACGUUUUCUCAUUUUUUGAGAUGCGACUGAUUACACCGAAGAGCUUUCAGUUCAGUUAAGGAGAUAAGGUUGUCAGAGGCACCAAGGGGGUUAGAUAACAAGUUGAAAACCUCCGACGGCGGAGUUUGCUGAGUGUUUUGACGUCCUUUAAAUUCAGUUUUUUUCAGUCGAUUGUCCUAAAUGUCAUAUUCUGUAGUCUUUGCUAAUCAAAACCUUUAAAAGCGCUUUUGACUAUUUAUCUAAAAAGUGGCACUUAGGAUUUUCCUUUUCAUUGCCAUUAAGGCGUGGGUUUUAUUUAUUGACUCACCGAUUCACUGACAACGUAGCCCAGAAACGCAUUCUGCAUGAGAAAGCACUCUCCGGAACGUGUUAACUGACAAAGUAAGGUGUUCAACCUUUGAAGUGGUCCGAACUGACCGGUCAGAUUCCGAACAUUGAGUUUGCUAGUGCCAGCGAGAGAUGCGACGUUCGCAAUAUGUUCGAGCACACUGCAUAAUUUAUGCUGUGAUGCAGUGCUAAAGGAAUGCAAAGUUCGUGAUCAAUCUCAUGAAAGGGUAAUCGAAAGUCCGAAGUGUGUUUUCCAUUAGAAAGGACUACUUAGGUGGAAUUGUAAUAUUGAUUAUCGAACGGCAUGAUCCCGGGACGGUUCAGUCCCGUUGGGACGCCAACUCUUGAAUGAACUUCUCGAUCACCUCCAAGGAGGUACUCGGUAUAAAAAGACUGCUUAAGCAGUGUGCAUUUUAUUUUGUGAUUUCGAUGUCCCUGUAAAUUCAAACAGAGUUUAUAACGAACAUGCACGAAAUAUUCUUUCUUGUACUUGUUAGGUCGUUAAUCACCUCUUCCACAAACCCCUAGCUUUAAGAAAGAGUAUGAACCGGUUUUUUAAAGUAAUUCCUUAUUCCCGAAUAAUUUUGAGCCCUAACUGUCGGUGCAAUUGCGUUUAGGGCAUGCAGCCUACAAGCUGUUUGCUUCCGGAGUAAGGAAAAGCAUACAUCCCUUUAUACCCUUAUGAAGACGCUAGAUAGGAUUCAUGAAAAUCACUAGUGAAAGGACGGAUACGAUUCUAUUUGAGUGAGCAUUUUAGGACCCUGAAAAACCUCAUUCUUAGAGCCUUUUUUAAACCUAAAUAUGCCCUUGGACGGUUUCGCAGAUGCCCAACUGGCACGAAAUAUCCGAAAGUCGCUUUUAAAUCACAUUUGACACGCCCGGCUGAAACUGUCAAAUCCAUCGUCACAAACGCAGAAUUUUCGGCACGUGCUUCAAGGCUCGGUCACUUCAGUACCCUGAAUUGUCCGCUUCCUUGAGAAUCCCUGCUCAAAAUUUGGGGCGUAUGGAAACACAGCAAACAGCCGUUGCACCCAAGGCGUCAUGGUAACAACGAGCUGUGUGUGGGCUAGUUGGAGUGGAAGGAUUCAUGAGAUAGGAAGGUGAUCUUGAUUACCUCUCACAAGAAGAGUGGGUGUCCUCUUGUCUGAAAGGAACUAGUUCCUGGACUUGCCCCUCUACUUAGGACUUCAGGCGCGGGGACUGAGUAGAAUAAGUAGUUAAAAAGCUGGAAUUUAGAUUAUUGAGGAAGUGGUGGUGAGUUAUCGAGAUGAGGGUGUCGACGCGACACGUACAAAGCCAGGGAGACCAAGCUAUUCGGACAAGCUUCACUGUGACGAGGAAGCACAUGCGCAACUGAACCGGCAGCGGCUGCGAAGCGCGUGCGCCUGGUCUUUGUUCACCUCCAGCCAAUCAGCGAAUGGUGCAGCGUCGAUUAGUGUUGAGUUCUCGCCACACCGGGGCCAAAUCACGCGCGACUCAAGCAGCCAAUUAACAGGAGAAGUUGGGCAAAUCGAAGGCGACAUGGGUGAGCGUUGGCGCUAGCGGUCGUGAAAUCGGACUGCCAUAAUCAAACAUUUACAUUGCCCAGCGGGUCACCUGAGCCUGUCAAGAGUGUUUAAUUUACUGCGUCCUUCAUGAAACAUCGCCUAUUACUAGCGAUUGACGCAAGGAAGAAUUAGGAGUUAGGUAGACUUGUAUCCCUAGAUAUAAUCAAAUUGACAAAUAUGCUACCGCGAAUCGCGAUUACCAAAUCACAGGUUGCGGAAACGCUGUGUGGUUCACAAACAUGUACACAGUUCGGAAUGGCAGAAGUAUGACCUUGACCGCGGGAGGUACCUCGUCAAAAAAGUGUGUUUGCAGGGAAACGUCGGCAUCAGUCCUACUUAUCAAGGGAUCAUUCCCCAUUCCUCACUUGGAAAUGGCUCAGUGGCUUGUAGGUCAUAUUACCCGGCAAUUUAUCCGAUUCAGUAGAUUCAUAACCGUCAUGAGCUGCGCAAUCAAACCCCAGCCUCUCUCGUCCCAAUCCAUAUUACCUGCGCGAUUUACAUUGGAAUAACAGCUGCUAAGAUUAUCGCCCACACCGGAAACAAAACAGGCCUAGAAUUGAUUGAAGCCUGGGCCUCGGAUGAGAAUUCAGUCAAUCGAUUUAUCGAUCUAGCGCUGGCGUACAGAACCCUGCACAGUCAUCUUCAGUCUUGCACCAUCGAUCGAUAAGUGGCUAACACGCUCUAUAAUUGUCACUCUUUCUGUUGUUGCUACUAUCUUUGACGACGGACUCCUGCAUGAGUUCGAAAGCUCAGAAGAAUAAACAGAAUGUUCCGGUACUCGACCAGCCUUCUUAUGCAUUCAUAUGUACCUUUCAUAUCCAGUAUAGACAGUGACGAAUGCUUUUUUCCCUCCCAUCACCUUCGUGCCUCCCAAAAUAGUCGGAUGAUGAACCCUGCGACAAUGAAUCAACCCAGGACGAAUCUCCACCCCAAGAAUAA